UUCCGCCUUUGCGUGAUGACGCAUUUUCUGCCCUGUUGGAAGGUGGUUUCAGAAAGAAGCUGUAGCUGUAGACGGUAGCGGAAGAAGAAAAGCUGAGUAUAGAAGGCAAACGGCAUUGAACAGCUCAUUUGAAUUGGUGCUACUUUCUGUUAUUAAACGAUGUCCGUCAGUGAGGACCUUCCAGACAUGGAUGGAGCAGACCUCUUUGGGCUGCUGUUCCAUGAUGGCAACAAUGGAAGCACUGAGCCCUUUUCUCAGGGUGACAAUGACCUUAUUGAAUCCUGGCUCUCGGAACAAGAUAUACUGACCGGUGUGGAUACUGAAGAUUUCCUGUCUAGCUUGCUAGAUGGAGAUGACAAGGUGGAGGCAUUCUGUCCCUCCCAUUCCCCAAUGGGGAGCGACAGCGGCAUUUCUGAUGACAGCAGCUCAGGCGGUGGAAACAACAACGACAUAGUACCCAGCCCUGGCUACUCUCAUCCCAGCCCCGUUCACUCUGAUCCCACCCAUAUUCUGGAGGAGCUGCAAGCAGAAAGCUUUGAGACCCUGUCAGUCCAUGCAGAUCACAGCUACUCUCUGCUGCAGAGUGGAGCCAGGGACAUGGACAUGCUGGAAAGCGUCAGGGCAGAGAAGCCAGAUGCAGAUGUCUUCAUUGAUCUAGAUGAGCUGGUGAGCGAUGCCAUGGAGGAAGACUUUACCACCGAGAUGCCUUGUACUUUCUCCAUAGAAAACUCUGCACAGGAUUUAACUCAGACAAGCAAAGCAGAUCAGUUCCAGUUUAAAGAGAUUGUUUUAACUGAAGAGGAAAAGAGACUUUUGGCAAAAGAAGGAGCCACCAUCCCUGAACACAUGCCUCUCACUAAGGCUGAGGAGAGGACUUUGAAGAGGAUCAGGAGGAAAAUCCGUAACAAGCAGUCUGCUCAGGAGAGUCGCAAAAAGAAGAAGGUUUAUGUUGAUGGGUUGGAAAACAGGGUUGCUGUCUGCACUGCACACAACCUGGAACUUCAGAAGAAAGUCCAGCUGCUUCAGAAACAGAACAUGUCCUUGAUUGAGCAACUGCGGAAACUCCAGGCUAUAGUAAAGAUGUCUACUCUGAAGGCCAGCACAACCAGCACUUGUGUUAUGGUGUUCCUGCUCUCUUUUUGCCUCAUCAUCUUUCCGUCAGUUAAUCCAUUUGGUGGAAACACUGAACUAAAGGAGCCCUACACACCUUCAUCCGUCCUUUCCCGCACCUUGCGCUCAGUGCCGUCAGAGAACACAGAUCCUGCAUUUUACAUGGAGGCUGAGGAGGAUCCACUGAUCUUGGUUUCAGAGGUGGUGGAGAACACCAAAGCCAUCUUCUCAGGGGGCCAGAAGAACCACACCCCUGACUAUCAGAGGGUGGAGCAAUCCGACUCUGAGACAGGCGUUAACAGCAAUUCCUCUGCAGACAUCCCCAGUCCAGCUCAGGCGGCAGAGAUGAAGCCCGGGUCGCCCGGCGGCGUGGGUCCUUUGAAGGAAGGGUCCAUCGAUCCUGUGGUGGCGGCAGCAGCAGCUGUGACAUAUGAUGUCCCGGGAUCCAAGGAGAGCUGGAUUGACCGAAACCCCCCAUCUGUCAUUUUACAGCAGCAUCGCUCUGAUGAGAUGUAGUAGAAUUUUAACCACAAGAACCAGCAGGGGGAGACAUUUUCUACCUGUAAAAAGAGGGAAGCUUAAACUUAAAAAAAAAUUGGGGAUGAAGGUAAACAAAAAUAAUGUUAUCUAUCCAUCUGUUUUUUUUGUUCCUUUAUUCUCAUCUACUGCAGUUUUAUUUAUUUUUUUUGCACAUUCAAUUUUACUUCAUUUGAAGACUUCCAAAGACUUUAAUUAUAAACUACUGUAUAUUUCCAUAUUUAAAAAGGUCAGUGGUGCCAUAAUUUUAAUAUCUGGUGUUCUGAAGGUCACAUGCUACUGAUGUAGCCCCAAGGGGUUUUAAAAUGCUUCGAAAUGUGAUGACCAACACUUGUAGGUCUGAAUUUGCAAAUUGGAAACACACAUACCUACAUACAUUUUCUUUUUUUUCACACAAAAUUUAGAUGAGAGACUUGUUUUUAUUUUUGCCUUCAGCAGAUCCUGAUAUGAUUCUAAAAAGCACUGCUAAAUUGUCAUUAAAAGAAGUCCGGCGCCUCGCUGUAGGUUUUUUUUUUUAAAGAAAAGCUGCUUGACUCUCAUAAAGCAUGGUUGUUCGACCGCUGUAUGUAUUGCUAAAGCCAUUGCAGGACAUUUGGCCAUUUAAAAGACUAGUAAAGUUUGUUACUAUAUCCCUUGUACCAAGGGUCUCCAUGUGCUUUGUAAUUUCACAAUGAAUUUUUGUUUAUAUUAGAGUAAAGCUAGAGACAAUAGUGAAUCAUUUGCCCUGAACCCAGUAAGUACAUUUUUUUUUGUGAAGCCCAGUCUGUUUUAACAAUAUUUUACCAGGAAACAAAAAUAACUUUCCAUUCCUUUGAGGAGAAGAGGGAUCGUUAAGUAUUUGCUCAGUGAAGUAUUUGCAGUAUACUCAAAUACGUAAUUUGUUAGUGAGACAUUUUUUCUGUAUAUAUAUUUUUUUGUCAGUAAUAUAUAUGUAUAGGAAAUUUAAAUGGUAUUGGAAGAGCUUUGAUUCAAGUAACAUGCGAUGAGAUUUUAAAUGUUAGUCAUGUCAAAAGAAAUGCACUGUCAUUGGAAAAAGUAUGAGAAUUAAUGUAAAUAGAAUAUGAUUGUUAUUUUUUUUCCUGUACAUAAUGACUUAAUGUAUAAUACAUGUCUGAAUAUAUAUCAUAAUAAACUUUUUUAUGAAUAAGAUGAAAA